CUGGCAUGCAUGCGCGCGCACUGUAAAAACAAGUGGGUUGUUUCAACCCUGACAUAUGUGUCAUUUGAUUGUCCCUCCAAAUAACAUGCUACACGUAUGUCAAAUUGCAAGCUCACAUGUAGUAUUUCCAAGACAAGGGCGUAUAAAGAGAAGAGGAGAAGAGGGCAUGCAACUCCUGUGUAUGCCUCAUAUUAUAUACUCAUUUAAUCUAUUGAGUACAGUCAAAAGCUUCUUAUAGGGCGGAAUUGAUUUUACAAUUCCGAUGAUUCACUGUUAGGACCAUUAAUGACCAUGUACAAUCGUGGCGAACACUUUGGCUGCACGUACAUCAAUUUUCAGUUCUUAGCUUGUUUAAAAGUUCUGCAGUCAGCCGUUUAAGCAGUUUGACACAUGUGUAACACGCUAUACACGCAUGCUAUAAAUGGCACAUCUCUUUUUACAGUAUAUGUGUUAAUAUAGUAUAGAGCUGGUGGUUGGGGCAUGUCCCAACAGACUUCACUUUGAUGUACGAACAGCCCAUAUUAAGCUCUUGGCUAGAUUUUUUUCCGCGCGACUAGCUUCUCUACCUUGGCUAACUCAUUGAAGAAGAGGAAUGUCUACGAACUGUCUGUUUAGUACGGACCAUGUAGUGUGACAAAUUGACAGACUUUAGGUUAGCUGCUUGCGUACAUCAUUUUAACUCCCUAAAUGGGUGAUUUCAAUUAUUUUUCAACAGGUUAUGCCCCUCCUCUUCUUGGACUGAUUCGUUGACCACGACAAUUAUGUGCUUUUUGUAACAGUAUUAUAAGACAUGUGUGUUGUUUCCCAAUAACUUUGUUGAUCUGUGAUGGUGACUCUCUGGUACUCAAAUACACCUGUAACGUGAGAGCAGACGCGGGGGGUGGUGGGUUAGAUCUAAUUAGUGGUUGCUCAGGGGAUUCAGUACAUAAAACUACACAAUUCGUUUAAGAGUCUCGAACCCAAACACGUACAGUACUUUUGUGCAAGGUGUGGUGGUUUGUUACGGCCGAAAGUGACCGAAAGUGCUUGCCUGAGCUCACAUCACUAAGGACCUCUGCGGUCUGCUGCUUGGUCUUGUUUGGCCUUCAGAUGCCCAUGCGCAGAAAUGACUUGUGAGCUAUAAAUUAACCUUUGUUUACACUAAAAGUUUAGUAAUUACUUCUAUUUGUACCACUAGAAAAACGAACUACUUUAGACGGUGGAAUGGGAGUAAGUUUUCACUUCCAGUGUGAUUGUGGAGUAAAAGAAAUUACUUUCAGGUUUGGAAGGCUUGAUUUGUCUCAGGAUUAAAGAGUAUAGUGUCCGCUAUGUUCUCUCAUCUGUGGAUUACUUCAGUAAAGAACACCUUCCCUACGCUAUCACUGCUUUGUUUGUUUUGAUCUUGGUGAUUAUCUUUCCACUUGUAUUUCUUGUCAUCUAUCCAAUGCGUUGGUUUCAACGAGUUCUGAACAAGUUUAAAAUUCAGCGUCAACACGUUGAUAUGUUUGUUUACUGUUAUCAAGGUUCAUGACCACGCCCAGCUACUUUCGGCCUUCAUAUCUAGAGAACCAAGCAAGGCACUGGAAAUCCAAGACCACCACUAGAGAGCACUAAUCAAGAUCUAUCAUCAGAUAUAUUAAAAACAUCUGCCGUAAUCGGAUCGCUAGCUAUACCUUAAUUAAGGAGUGAUCACCAAUACCACACAACUACACUACACUAUAUAAAAUAAUACUUCUAUAUAAAUAAAUAGUCAGCACUUGGCUUUCCUUGCCUUCCUCAAGGCGGCAGCAGGUAGCACCAUCGGGUAUGUCUAAAACCGUCUUGCAAUGCGCAUGUGUAUAUAGUGUGCCGCGCUUGCGCAUGCGCACCAAGUCCAAGGUAUAAUUAUCUCUAGCAAGGAUCUAGGACACGUGGAUCUAGGACAUGGAUGACCUGAAAAAGCUAUCUGCUGCGGUUGGACUACCUCCAUCGCUGGAGCUGCGCACAGUGGACGGGAUGGGUCGAGGAGUGUUUACUAAAGAGUCUAUAUCUGCUGGGGACACUAUAUUCAGUGAACUACCUAUAGCACAUUGCAGUGUGGAGGAGACUAGAGGCACUAUCUGUGAGCACUGUUUCAACAGAUCAGAGUCACUGAAGAAGUGCAGCCGAUGCAAGUUUGUUUAUUAUUGCAACUCUGACUGCCAGCGUUUGGAUUGGCUGCUACACAAGACAGAGUGUAAGGGUGUGAAAGGUGAGAAGGCUACACCGUUUGUAAGACUAGCUCUCCGAGCACUGACAAGGGACAUUCAACACCUCUGCUCACUUCCUGUUCACUGGUUCACUGGCAGAGACAGAAUGAUUGAACAGCAUUUGAUAGCUCACACUGCUCAGCUCUGUGACUAUCCUCCGCAUGUCAUCCAUCAGCUCUUCCGGAGGUUGUUCUGUAAUCAAUUCUCAAUUACGGGUGUGAACAACAUAUCUUCAGCUGGUGUGGCCUUGUACUCUGCCCCCUCUCUGCUCAACCAUUCCUGUCGUCCCAACACUCUUCCCUUGUUUAUUGGACGACAACUAGUCCUCAAGGCUGUCAGGGAUAUAGGUCCUGAUGAGCAACUGUUCAUUACCUACACUGAUACACUGCAAUUGCUGAGUGAGCGACAAACUGAGCUACAGAGUACAUACAACUUCACCUGUGCCUGUGAGAGAUGCUUAGAGGACAUCAGCAAAUCCCCCAGAUGCUCUGACCGAUUGCUCUUAAUGGGUGCCAAUGGAAGGGAAAUCUCCUCCUUGUUAAGACAGGAUAUGGAGACAGAGCUGACAGAGUUGAAGGGGUUGAAUGAACAUGGAGAUAUCCUGCUAUAUACUGUAGUUCUUAGUAUAACCAUCAGUGUGUAUUGUGUGUGUAUGCUCCCUAACAGUUUGUGUGUACAGUGGCAGAAAGUGUAUGACAAAGGCAGAGCUCUAUACGCGAGCCAUUCGACACGACUAUCCCAUGAUAAUAUUCUGAGUAUGUGUCUUAUGGACCAUCUGAUCGAUGCCAGUAAUCACUUGUGUCUCUGGGAGGAGUCGCUCAAGUACAGCAUCCAAUUAUUGGAACCAUCUCUCCGUCACUAUGGGCUCCUUCAUCCUUCGAGUGUAUCCCGGCUACUGAUAAUUGGCGAGUUGAGACUAUGUUUAGAAACUACUGACCAACUGAUCCUAUCACUAAACGACCUCACGAAGGCUAAGACAGCAGCUGAGAGACUGUAUGGAGCUGACCACUGCAUCACUAUGGCAGCAACCACCAUGCUGACCGAAUCUCAACUUAAACUAGCUCGCAGACAAAAAUAAAUUUAUUUCAUUGUUAAUUGAUUUUGCUGUAGACUUUCUACGAUAUAAUAACAAUUAUUAAAAGUGUUUGUAACAGUACUUGUGACACAGCUGUGUACAGUAAUGGAAUUGAUCUACAUGUAAACUUAGCCAACAUGAAUUGACCAUUUAUACCUCAACAA